CAUGAUUUAAGGUCUAUACAACCAAGCCACAGUGCCAAACCACUCCAUUAUCUUUCUUUUUCUCUCUCUUUUUUAAAGAUUUUAUUUAUUUGAUUAUUAGAGAGAGAUUGAGUGAGUGAGAGAGGGGGAGACAGCAUGAGUAGGGGUGAGAAGCAGAGGGAGAAGGAGAAGCAGACUCCCCACUGAACAGGGAGCCUGAUGCAGGACUCGAUUCCAGGACUCUGGGGUCAUGACCUGAGGUGAAGGAAGAUGCUUAACCGACUGAGCCACCCAGGUGUCCCUCCAUUAUCUUCCUGCUCUGAAAAGGGGGACCUAGUUGCAUUCACAAAGAAGUCAUCUUUAAGACAUUUUUCUUUUUUCAUCCAACUAUAACAUACAGUGUUAUAUUAGUUUCAGGUGUAUGGUAUAGUGAUUCAACAAUUCCAUACAUUACCCAGUGCUCAUACUGAUGAGCGUACUCUUAACUCCCAUCACCUAUUUCCCCAUCCCCCCACUCACCUCCCCUCUGCUAACCAUCAGUUUGUUCUCUGUAUUUGAGUCCGUUUUUUUGUUUGUCUCUUUUUUUAUAUGUUUGUUUGCUUUGUUUCUUCAAUUCCACAGGUGAGUGAAAUCAUACGGUAUUUGUCUUUAUGAGACUUUAUAAGUCUGAGUGACUUAUUUCACUUAGCUUAUCCCCUCUAGAUCCAUCCAUGUUGUUGCAAAAGAUUUCAUUCUUUCUUUAUGGCUGAGUAAUAUUCUAUUGUAUGUACAUACCACAUCUUCUUUAUCCAAUCUAUUGAUGGACACUUGGGCUACUUCAUUAUCUUGGCUAUUAUAAAUAAUGCUGCCAUAAACAUAAGGGUGCACAUAUCUUUUUAAAUUAGUGUUUUUGUAACUACUUGGGUAAAUACCGAGUAGUGGAAUUACGGAAUCAUAUGUCAAUUCUAUUUUUAAUUUUUUAAGGAGUGUCCAUACUGUUUUCCACAGUGGCUGCAUCAGCUUGCAUUCCCAUCAACAGUGCACGAGGAUUCCUUUUUCUCCACAUCCUUGUCAACACUUAUUGUUUCUUGUGGUUUUGAUUUUAGCCAUUCUUUCAGGUAUGAGGUGGUACCUCAUUGUAGUUUUAUUUGCAUUUCUCUGAUGAUGAGUGAUGUUGAGCAUCUUUGCAUGUGUCUGUUGGCCAUCUGUAUUUCUUCUUUGGAAAAUCGUCUAUUCAUGUUAUCUGCCCGUUUUCUAACUGGAUUAUUUGUUUUUUGGAGUAUUGAGUUGUAUAAAUUCUUUAUAUAUUUUGGACAUUAACACCUUAUUGGAUACAUCAUUUGCAAGUACCUUCUCCCAUUCAGUAGGUUGUCUUUUUGUUUUGUUGAUGGUUUCUUUUGCUGUGCAAAAUAUUUUAUUUUAUUCUAGUCCCAAUAGUUUAAUUUUGCUUUUGUUGCCUUUGCCAAAAGAGAAAUAUCUGGAAAAAUAUUUCUAUGGCUGAUAUCAAAGAGAUUCGUGCCUAUGUUUUUUUCUAGGACUUUUAUGGUUUCAGGUCUGACACUUAGGUCUUUAAUUCAUUUUGAGUUUACUUUUGUGUAUGGUAUAGAAAGUGGUCCGAUUUCAUUCUUUUGCAUGUAACUGUCCAGGUUUCCCAACACUUUUUGUUGAGGAUAAUGUCUUUUUCAAAUUGUAUAUUCUUGCCUCUUUUAUUAUAGACUAAUCGGCCAUAAAAGCAUGGGUUUAUUUCUGGAUUCUCUAUUCUGUUCUAUUGAUCUACGUGUUUGUUUUUGGGUCAGUCCCAUACGGUUUUGAUUACCACAGCUUUGUAGUAGAUCUUGAAAUCUGGGAUUGUGAUACAUCAAGUUUUGCUCUCUUUUUUCAAGAUUGCUUUGGCUCUUCAGAGUCUUUUGUCGUUCUGUAGAAAUUUUAGGAUUAUUUGUUCUAGUUCUGUGAAAAAUGCUCUUGGUAUUUUGAUAGGGAUUGCAUUGAAUCUGUUGAUUGCUUUGGGUAGUAUGAACAUUUUAACAAUGUUGGCUCUUCCAAUUCUGAACAUGGACUAUCUUUCCAUUUGCUUGUGUCAUCUUCAAUUUCUUUCACCAAAGUUUUAUAGUUUUCAGAGUACAGGUCUUCCUUGGUUAAAUUUUAAGACUUCUUUAACAGUAACUAAAGGGCGCCUGGGUGGCUCAGUUGGUUAAGUGACUGCCUUUGGCUCAGGUCAUGAUCCUGGCGUCCCAGGAUCGAGUCCCGCAUCGGGCUCCCUGCUCGGCGAGGAGCCUGCUUCUCCCUCUAACCCUCCACCCUCUCAUGUACUCUCUCUCUCUCUCAUUCUCGCUCUCUCAAAUAAAUAAAUAAGUCUUUAAAAAAAAAAACAAAAAAAACCCCAGUAACUAAAAAGUAACAAGAAGGGAGCCCUGUGUUAAAUACCGGGAUUAUAACAUUAUUCCAAACUCCUUCAACUCAGGGUCACGCAGGGGGCUGACAGGACACCUGGGCUUGCCUCAUUUGUGUGCCACUUAGACUGUCCUAGGAUGGCCAAUAAGAGCACUUUCAUAUUCUACAACAGUCAGUAGAACCUGACCUGCUGACUGCACUGAUUGCCUUCCCUAUUUACCCUUAACAGGAAAGAGUGAUCUGAAUAAGAAUGACUAAUUAGAAGCAAGCAUUUCAAGUAAGCAUUCCAUGGUGGACUGGUCCAUGAUCACUAGGGAUUGAGCAACUGCUGGAAAUAUGCCUUUAGGCUGAUGAUAGCAGAAGGCUCCUCGAGUUUGGCACAUGGUUUGAGAACGUCAUGCUCAGGAUGUGCUUCUAUCUUCUGGCAGAGCGCUAAGGGCACUCUGUAAUAACCCCUGAAAGCGCUGGGUCCCUUCUCCUCUGAAUCAGAGUCCCCUCCUACCUGAUGUUACAGAAUGAAGAAACACCCAAGGAACUCUGCCUUGGGACAAUGAAACAGUGUGACCCGGGAUCACCUUUCCCUUUGAUUCUCAAAAUCUUCUCUUCUGCCUAAAGGGAUGCUUCGCCACUUAGUAAAUGCUUAUAAAUGGUGUAGGAAUGAAAAUACCUCGUCCUGCGCUGAUACAACCAAGAAAUGUAAAAGUACCCAAGGGAAAUUCUGACCCAUUCAGAUGUCUACCAAAAAACCUCCAACCCUGCCCCCUCCCAAAAACAAACAAAAAUGGGAUUUCAUAGUUACUUCCUGUCCUAUUUUUAAAAUGACCUUAAGAAGACAAGUAAAAGAUAAAUUUAGCAAAGUUUACAAGUCAGAGGACCCACUGAGGAAGUGCACAAAAGGCCAUGUGAGAUUCAGCUGUGGAUGUUUGCAUCAACAAUGACAGGGAAGUGGCCUCGAGUCCUGAGUCAGUGCUCUCCCUGCAGGGUUGGUACAUAAGGGGCUCCCCCCGCGGAUGGCGGCACCAGACCUCCCUCGCCUCCCGAGUCUCCCUCCUCGCUACUCCCUCCUGAGUCCUCUCUCCUGACGCCAUGGGCUGCUGUGGCUGCGGAAGUUGUGGCGGCGGCUGGGGCUGCACCACCUGCAGGUGCUACCGGGUGGGCUGUUGCUCGGCCUGCUGCCCCUGCUGCUGCGGCUGCUGUGGGGGCUGUUGCAGUACCCCCGUGGUCUGCUGCUGCCACCGCUACUGUCACCCCUGUGGCUCGUGUGGCUGCGGCUGCCAUGGCUGUUGGCAGCAGAAGAGCUGUUGCAAGAAGCAAUGUUGUUGCUAGGCGGCCGGCGGCUCGGCCCCUGCACAGGAGCUACUGGGGAUUUCUUCCCCUCCAUUCACCUGUUCUACCUGUGUCCUCUAGUAUUCUGAAACUUACCCUCUGGGGCUGACUUUGCUCCUGGAUUUAGUUUCCUCUUUUUUCAGCUUUGGGUGUUCCCAGUUUUCCUAACUGAAAGUUUCCAAUCAAAUAGGAAACAGCAGAAACAAGGAUAUGAAAACUCGGAAAGAAGAGCUGACAUCAUGCGCUCCAUCGGACAGGGUCACGUUAUUAUUCCUUAGAUGUAUGUGAUUAUUUCCUUCCCGUGUGUGUGCUUUUUUGUCUGCUCCUUUUUCAUCUUGCAUCCCUAUUUGUCAAUAGCUCUUUUCUAAAUUUUCUAGUAAAAUAAAAACUUUUAUCAU